AUGAAGCGGCCGUCCAAAUGGUCGCCGUUACGGAUUCUAAUUUUCAUUUUUCUCAAAUGUGGCACAAUGGAACCAAUAUUGGCGAUGGAAGACACCUUUUUUUCUCGACUAGUUGUCGCGGCGUCUCACACAGCCCUGUCAGGAGAUCUAGCAGUCCUAAUUAUAAAUUUAUCAGCUUUGGACCACAUGAAAACCACGACGAGCACCACAACUCAAAUACCGGAAAUUUCAACGGUUGGGAAGACAACUGCGCGAACAAGGACGAAAUUUACUACGACAACGACUACAGAGGAGGCUGAUAUUGUUAUGGAACAAGAAGAGGAAGACGAUAAUGAUGAUUAUGAUUCUUGGCAACCGCAACCCGAAUAUGAUCCUUUUGUUUUACGUGUUAUGCGCUUGGACGGAUUUUCAUCAGAAUUAAUUGGCGAAGUACCGAUCGAGACUUCUACAUCAGUUGCUAAUAUUACACUUUCAAUUCCGUGUGGGUUUUUUUCAAGGGGUGGUGCAUACUCGUUGCAAUUACAGCGUAAAUCAGUUCCGGCUAGCGACAAAUUUAUGGAUACUAGUGGCGUCCAGAUGAGAACAACAUUGGACGUGAGAUGGCCAACACCCUCGCUAACUUUAGAGCCCCAGCAUUUUAAUACCUAUCCAGAUCAGCCAGUUCUCGCGACACUCGAGUACACAGGAAUAUCAUGUGCACCCGCAAAAGGAAUUCCCGAAGACACGUAUUCGCUUCAACUUGUCUACUGCGGUGCUAGCGUACUGUCAUGCGAUCCGCGAAAUAAAACCAACAUUCAGAUGCUUUACUCUGAAGAAAUAGCAGGAUUUCCAUCGCAAAAAAUCCUGAAGCUCCGGUGCGAGUUUUUCGGGCUCGCUGGACACUACGCUUUGAGACUGAAACCGUCUGACGUUAAUUCAACAGCACCAACUACCAGUGCAUACAUUAAAGUGGAAGUUUCGAAUCAGUAUGUAUUCAAUGUCCACGCUCGCUCAGUUUACCCGUGUGACGGAAACUCUGGAGGUCUGUCGGUCCUCUUCGAGUACCCGUCCUGCCGUCUCCAAGACGAUCGAGUUCGCGUUUACGGACGUUUGAGAGCCGACGUCGCAUCACUCGCGCCACCCUCAACUUUGCACUACGUUGCUGAAUUAAAAGCACCGCCUGGGAAACAUACUCUUACCUUUGACUGUGAAAUAUUUACCGAAAAAUUCGUCGAGUAUUGCUUCGUAUACGUCAGUCAAGCUAUCAACGGCGCAAUGGCUGAAGUUAGAGUCGAUUGCAUUCCCACGUUUCCCAUUCAAGACAGUGACGCUGGAGGAUGGGGUGACUGGAGCCCCUGGGGGCCUUGCAGCAGUACGUGUGUUGGAGGUGUCCGGAAUCGUUUCAGAUUCUGCGACAAACCACCGCCGCGUUACGGGGCUAAAUUCUGUCAAGGAAAAGCUGUCGAGUCCGAGGCUUGCGGUGGUGCUGGCGGGCUCAAUCUUGAAAACACGUGGUCUGCUGCUGAGUGGGAGUGUAAACACGGGCAAGGACUCGCUGCUGAGAGACCAGAGGUUACUGCUGAGGUAGGCACCAAGUGCCGCUGCGGCUGUGUUGUCAAUUUACGUAACGAAACUAUCACCAGAAAAAUUUUGGCUGCGAGCACCCAGGCUUGUCCCGGCCGAUCCUUUUGGCUCAUUCAAACUGAGCCCGGGUCAGUUGUCAAGCUUCACUUUGAUCAAACUAAAUUUCCGUGUUCCGGUCAGUAUGUCAGAGCACGAGAUGGGGAUUCUUUGAGUGCUGAGCUAUUGGCAGAUGUCGCUAUUGACAAAAAUACACCGGAGUCGGGGACUGUUAUGUCAACAGCCCAGAGCUUGCUGUUGGAAUUUUUUAGCGAUGAAAUAACUGUCGCGAGAGCUUCAUGCAGCGGAGGGUUUUUAGCGCACGUCUCAAUAUUCGCAAAAUCUCAACCAGAAAACGUAACAGAGGAUACAACGGCUGUGCUCAUUGGACCAAAAGUCAUGGCAGCCGCGGGAAGAUGGGCAUUAUGGUUCUCACCCGCCCACUUGGCAGCAGCAUCACUCCUGCUUCUCAUGUUUCUAGUUUCCAUCUUCUUAGCAUUGCAAUACGCCGUAAAAUAUAGAAAGUACCAGGUUGCCGAGGAUCUGGAUAGUUUGACCGACAACUCAACGUGCAGUGGAUCUAUGCAAGGACUAGCACGUCGUGCAAGAGCAUUAUCUUCAGCUACUCUUAUCUCCGAAGUAGUAUCUCUUGUAAGAUUAACACGUAGAAGACCCUCAGGGCACGGCAGACUGGAAGAGACGUCUGGUGAUCUUGAGGAUGGGUACGAAAGUACUGAAACUCAGGCCGACAUGGAGGGUGAGGAAGAAGCUAAUAAUGCAGAGACCGGGACUUUGAAGCUUAAAGAACAAGAAGAUAUUAACGGCUCGCAAAAAACUAUAGUCGCAAGUGUUAAAAGUACACCUUCACGUCGGUCUUCAUCAUCGAGCACAUUAACUUCGAUAUCCGGGCAACCCGAGGUCAAGUACGCCCGUCCAGUUAAGCUUCGGACGGUCGGCCCGAUAAGUCCCGUGUCCGAGGAGGCAUCGAUUUCAGAAGACAGUAGACGUUGUAGCACUGAAAGUGGUUCAACCAGCGUGAAUAACGUAAGCGUCUCACACCCAAAACCAACUAGAGUCCAGGCCAAGGGUUUUUCACCAGCAAGUACCUCAUCAAAUAUAUCGACUUUGAGAUGUGGUAAAGAAACUAAGGACCGUCGGAAUCGUGAGCGUCUUCUCCAAGGACCCGGAUCAGAGUUUAGUUUGGCGAAUCCAGAGACAGAUCUCGAGCUGGAUUAUUACGAUUACAAUGUCGUAAACGCUGGAGCAGCACCUGGUUCUUAUUUGGGAAUGGAUCCAGCAUUUCUGGUGUGGAUACCGCCAUUGACGCCCGGUGAAACAGAAAUUCUCGAAGCCAUUGAAGAGGAUCAUCAUUACGAAGAAAUACCAGAUCGCCGAGAAAAGGAGUCACGUUUUAUGGACACUGAAGGAGCUGCUCUCACUCCAGCCGAGUAUCAAAGGGCCCGUAUGCUCAGACAAGACCAAAAAGAUCUAGAUACGGAAAUUCUCGCGAGGAAAUACGAUCCCGGUGAGAGUAGACUUCAUGACGAAAUAAUAAUGGAAUACCGGGCGAGGUUACACGAAGGUAUGCUACCGAUUCAUCGGAUUCUCGAAGAGUCUCGAGUCAGAGUGAGUGAGGAAUCUCUUGCUAAACAUUCGCACGACGAUACACCUCAUAUCGAUAUUAUUCCCAAUCGGUUGGUUAACGAAACAGAUAAGCGCGUUUCCAGAGAUACUGCUGCCUCGGGCUCUCAUGUUGACUCUAGUGGGAAUAGUCUAAGCUAUUCCGGAGGAAAAUUUACACCUAAAGCCAAUCGCGAUCGUUUAAUUGAGGAACAAGAGCGAUCUAGAAGUGCGAGCAUACCUAGAAAUAAUAGAUUAAGUAGUGAUGAUGAUAAAAGAAGAACACCGGCGUCUGUUAGAAGCAGAUUACAAGAGUACAUUGAGAGCAGCGCUAAUCAAUGCAAGUACAAUCAAUUGUCUACCGAGACUACGAGGAGCUGCGGUGAGCUGUCGAAAGAACAGAGGAAGAAAAAGCUAGAGGUUAAUCAAUCAUUAAUUGUUAAGGAUAAUAAAAAGUCAUUGAAUAAAUUAAAUGAUUAUCGCGAUGUUGGGAGGAAUGAAGAAUCAAAAGACGAGUUUAUUUUACCUAAGCCAAAGACUCCGAUAAUCGGCAGUAGAAAGUAUAAAGAUGUCGCGGAUUUAAAUUUAGUUAUGGAGAGUAGUAAGGAAAAAAUUUUGACGCAUGUCGAGAGUAUACCGAUGAAAGAAUUUUCGCGUACCAGAAACGAUUCACCAGCACGAGUUCAUAAAUCUAAAGAGACUGAUAAUGAUAUUAAUAAUAUUGUACUAGUGGGAAAAAAACAAUGUCAAAUACAGAGUCCAGAUUACGGAGUAGAGAUGGAUAUUAGGGAUGAAAUUUCACGUGAUUCUAUUUAUGAUUUAAUUGGAGAAGAUGAAGAGGAAUUUAAAUUUGCUGAUGACGAUGAAGAUGAAUAUAUUGAUAAUAAAAUAACAGCAUAA